AUGCGCCUACAGGGUUCUUGCCAUUGCCGUGCCGUGACGUUCUCUUUGGAGUCUAGCAGCCCAUGCCCGUAUCAGCUAUGCUACUGCAGCAUCUGCCGCAAGGUGGGCGGGUCAGGCGGGUUUGGCAUCAACAUAGGGGGCGAUGCGAGGACGAUGCAGGUGCAGGGGGAGGAGCACCUGGCAACGUACCGGGCCAAGAUGAGGGCGGACACGGGCGAGGUGACUGAGAGCGGUGCGCAGCGGAGAUUCUGCCGUGAGUGUGGGUCGCACCUGUGGCUGUAUGACCCCAGGUGGCCUGACCUCAUCCACCCCUACGCCUCUGCCAUUGACUCGCCCCUGCCCACCCCUCCUGAGCGCACACACCUGAUGCUCAACUCCAAGCCCGCGUGGGUGCAGGCGAGCGUGGGCCCCACCGACAAGAGCUUCCAGGGGUACCCGCAGGAGAGCCUGGCCGACUGGCACAAGCGCACAGGGGUUGGGCAGUGA